GGCCGUAGGUUGGUGCUUUGUGGAUGUUAUGACGGCGAACUGUUUUUCCUUGGGCUACAGCUAACAUUACAGUUGCAUCUUCAGACAACGAAAACACUGUAGAAGUAGAUCAAACAUUUUUUUUUUUUGGUCACGACUAAGUUGUCACAGCAUGUGGUCUGGUCCCGUCUACUCAACUCAAUGACCCGUGCGGGUGUUUUGGCGACUCUGUAUCUGUAACGCACAAGGUCCUAGAUACUGACAGUCUAGCUAAUUCAUGAUGAAACCUCAAACUUGGUUGGCAAAAACUCACCGGUUUAAUCUAACCUAAACAGCGCAUGAAUUAAGUAAAGGGACUCGGAUCCCAUACAGGAUUCGGGCGCUAGAGGAUGUCGGAGACGGAAUUGGUUAAGAAGAUGUUGCGGGCUGUGCUGCAGUCCAAGAAAAAUGGGGUCUCUCUGUCACGGCUACAGUCCGAGUACAGAUCUCUCACGGGGGAGUUCAUCCCACACAAGCAGUUUGGAUACCCUUCCCUUGAGAUGUAUCUGCAAAGUAUCCCUUCAGUGGUGAAGAUGGAGCGCAGCCGGACAGGAGAGGCGACAUGCUUUGCUGCGGUCUGUAAUGAGACUGCACACAUUGCCCAGCUCGUGGCUCGGCAACGCAACUCUAAGAAGACUGGUAAAUCGCAGCUGGUGAACUGCCAGAUGAGGGUGAAACCUGCUACUCCAUUUAUGCCAAAUGCAAAACCCAGGACUUCCCUGAGGCAGCCAGAUCACACAGGACGUACCAAUAGGAGCAUGACUCAGCUGUCCAUGGGAAGCAGGAGUGGAGUCUAUGGGCAAGUCUUAACGAGAGAUUUGCAGCCUGAUGCAAAAACCGCUUUGAUGAACCGGACCCCCACUGUUCAAAUGCGGAAACCCCCGACAGUGAGUGAAAGGUCUGAGAAGAGAAUGAAUUUGCCUACACGGUUUCAAAAAGAAUUGCACGCUCACCUUUCUAGGAAUACCCAGCAGAUCAACACUAACCUACAGGAAAACAUUGGGACGGGAAAGUCAAAAAUGCCUCAGUCCAGCACCUAUAAUGAACAGGUAGUCCAGGCCCAUCUUAAAGAGAUAUUGAGCAAAUACAGCAAUGGAUUCUGGGUCUCCAAGCUGCCUCAGCUAUACCGGGAGCUGUACCACCAAGAGCUACCAAAUGAUGCCCUCAAGGAACUAGAAUUCUGGACCCAUGUUUGCAUAGUGGAGAAGCCUGGUAGCACCAAUUCAUCAGAAUUGCUUCUGUACCCUGCCAAGGACACAAAAGCAGGCUCAGUCACAGCUAGGAAGUCCCCUGCCCUGGAGAAGCGGGCAUCUCCGGCAAAGCCUGACCCUCCCGUCUCCCCUCAGUCUGCAGCAGUGGCCCCAGAGAUCAGACUGAAACUGACAGACCUGUUGGCAAAGUACAGCAAUGGACUCUGGGCCCAUGCCCUCCCCAAGCUAUUUCAAGACACUUACAAAAUGAAAUUUCCAGAAUAUAUUCUCAAUGAUCUCUCGUUGCUUAGUGAUGUGUGUACUAUUGACUAUCCCAUGCCUGACAAUACACAAAAAGCCAUCUUGUAUGCACGAAACACCGAGGAUGAGAACCAGAACAGGCUUGAUUUCAAAUUGCCCCAGGCAUCUGAAGCAUCCAAACCACAAUUCAGCACAGUGACUGUGCCCCUGCUGGUUAUCCCGAAGGAGGAAUACCCUUCAGUCCUGUUGGUGGAGGCUAGCAACACAAAUGAAAUUGUUUUAAGAUACAUUGGCGAAGGAUACUCACAGUCCUUGGAGGCACUUGAAGACAAAAUGAGGGAAUUUUACAGUGAGGAAAAGAAGUUUUUGCAGUCCCCGGCUCCUGGGAAUCUUGCAGCUGUCAGAGCUGAGGAAGAGGAUGAGAUUUUAAGAGUUAAAGUGUGUGAGGUGAUGGCUGAUGGGGUGAAGGUGUAUUAUGUUGACCAUGGAUUUUUUGAAAUAAUCAACAAAAGCAAACUGCUGGAACUAGAUGAAAGGUUUUAUACCUUACCUUUUCAAGCUACAAAAUGUAAACUAGCAGGACUUGAGCCAUUCUCUCAGGAAGCUGCGAUCUUAAAGUGCUUGGAGUCCAUAGCCUGUGGCAAGAUCCUUUUGGCUGAAAUCUUAGAGAGAGAGGAGGUGCCCCUUGUUGUUCUCUAUGACACAUCCCAGGAUGAUGAUGUUAACAUUAAUACAUCAUGCUUGAAGGCCUUGCAGGACAAAUCUCUGGAGAACAGUCUAAAGGUCAACAGUGUGUAUAUGAAUGUUGCUGUGACAAACAUUUGUUCUGAUGGAACCAUUUACUGCCAGUUACCUUGCCGAGGUCAAACCAAACUAAGUGAAGUGCUGGAGAAAGUGGAGAAAUACUUCCACUCCAAGAUUUCAUCAGAGGCCUUGGUCUCCAAACCCUUCUGUGGCAAAUGGUGCUUGGCCCGAUAUAAAGGAAAGUGGUCUCGAGUGGAGAUCACAAAUCUGCAUGGUAGCCGUGUACUGGACAUCCAGUUUCUGGAUCUGGGAGUUCCUGCAUCGGUUGAGGUGAUUGAACUCCGGGAAAUCCCACCUCCUUUCCUCCGGGAGCUUGUGACAAUUCCUCCACAGGCAAUGAAGUGCUGUCUGGCUGAUCUUCCUGUCAGUGUCCGCUCAUGGACCCCUGAAGCAGUUCUGUGGCUCAGAGACAGUGUGUUGAACUGCACCGAUUGUAGCAUAAAGGUAGCCAGAGUGGAUGAGUCCAAGGGGUUGAUCCAUAUCUACCUGUUCCCCUCCAAGAAUUUUUAUGACAUGGAGGGUAGCAUUAAUCAAAAGAUUGCCGACUCCAGUCUGUGGAAGCAUCAGAAGGAUGUGUUCCUCAGCAGCAGCUCUGUGAGCCCAGUUAAGACCAGCUCUGAAUCGAGUAGCCCCAGCCCCAAGAAGUCCCAGCCAGAAGCUGGGGACCGCCUAAGCCCCACUUCCUCUCUGCUCCCCCCUCUAUUAGAGCUGCCACAGGUGGGGCAGAAUUUGGACAUCUUUGUGUCGGUGGCCUGCCACCCUGGGCACUUUGUCUUCCAGCCCUGGAAGGAUCUAUAUAAAUUGGUGGUCCUGAUGGGGGAAAUGAUCCUGUAUUACAACAAAAUGGAGGGGAAACCCAUUCCUGUUGAAAAGAACCAAAUAUGUGCAGCCAAAGUGGAAAAUAAUUGGCACCGUGUGCUUGUCAAGGGGAUCCUGACUAAUGGGCUUGUAUCGGUAUAUGAGCUUGACUACGGGAAGCAUGAGCUGGUGAGCUGCACAGUGCUCCAGCCCUUGAUCGAAGAGUUCAGACAGCUUCCCUUUCAGGGGGUCAGAGCUCAGCUGGCAGGAGUGAAGGAGAGGCAAUGGUCAGAGGAGGUUUCCAUUGUUUUUCGAAACCAUGUGGAGAAAAAGCCCUUGGUAGCUCAGAUAGAGGCUAUCCAUGAGGGCGCCAACCCCUGGGAGAGGAGAGUGGUGGUCUAUCUAGUGGACACGGCACAUGAAGAAAAGGAUGUCUGGGUGCACGACCUCAUGUCCGAGUUUGCUGAGGAACUUACAAAAGCUGCAUAGUGUCAUUGGCAAACCUGGAAAGAGUCUGCUUUUGUGUUAGAUCCUAAAUGGGCUUAUAAAACCUUGUGAGUCGAGAGUUCUGUAGAUCAUAAUGUACUGCACAAGGUGAAAGGUCUUAAUGAUCUAUUAUUCACAUGCUCUUGACGUAUGCGUUUUAAAUGUUUGAUCAUGAAACAGCAACUUUGUUGCUGAACUACAAUGAAGUCAUGAGGACAACAGCUGCUUAACCUGCUCUAAUUUGCAGGGUUCCUGUAGGUUUUAGAAGCAUGUUUGAAUUGCAAAAUACAGCUGAUCGAGUGACUUAUCCACUUUAUUGGUUCAGUCAAGUCAUUUCAUUCCAUCUCAUCCCAGAAUCAAACUUCAUAUUGUGGGACCAGGGCUACCUACCUGCUCUAGACAAGAUUUCAAAAGGUUUUCUAAGCCCACAGACCAAAUGUUCAGUUGCCUGGCUCUCCUAAAAUAUUUUAAAUACUAAGGGGACUAAAUCGUCUUAAACAGCAAUAAUUAAAAGUUUACAGAGUUCUGCAUAAUUACAUGCAAGGUUUUGCAGUUAUCCAGAAACAUUAAUUUCUUCACUGUAAUCCACAUUUUUGGUCCUUUGUUUUAUUUAACUUAGAGUAGCAAUUUAUUUUCACUUUAAAUUUAUUUGGACAUUUUAUGGAGUUGCUGCACCUUUAAGGAAGGUAUUUUGAAUUUCGCAGGUUUGUGCACAGUGUUUACAUGUUUAACUAAAAUAAGUUUGAUUUUUUUUCUCAUAGAAAUUUGAGCAGUGAUGUGACAAUGGCUGCGUUCUAUCCUAAUGUAGGAAAUGUCUUGACCAAGUUGGCUAUUUGCUGUAUAAUCUUGUGUAAGAUUACUUUAUUUGCAAAUGUCUGGUCAAAAGUGCAGAUGCAGAGUAUAAUAAAGUUAAUUAAGGGAGAGGUGUGCUGCAUUUUACUUUAUAAAGGUUUAAUAGUAUUGUUUUUGUCUAUAGUAGUUUUGAAUAUUGGUUGUGCAAUUUUUCCAUGAUAAUGGAAAACCAGCUAUUACUAAUGAAUGUUCCUCAGCUGAAAAUGAGUUUGAUCCCAAAAACUAAAGUAGUGUAUAAGUCAAGAGUGUUUCCUCUUGGAACAACUAAAAGCUCUCAUUUAAGAACUUUAAACCACUGAGGCAGAAAUGGAGUGCAUUUCAGAAACUAGUGAGAUUCACUCUUUAACAAGGCUUAUUUUGGUUGAGAGUGUUGAUAUACCAACUGUGUUAAAGUGUACAGAUGUAUCUCUGGAUAUAAGCGUCAAUAUAGCUAAUGAGUAACAUCUGCAGUAAUUUUUUUGACUGCACAUCUUUUGCCGAUACUUUGAUUCAUGAAGAUAUACUAUGUGUAGAUGUAUUUAUACACUGGAGGCAAUAGACCAAAACAUAUCCUUUAAGUUAAGAACUGGAUAAUUUCCUACUUUAUGCUAGUUAUACUGUGCUCAUAACUUGCACAAAGUAAUUUCUUGUAAAACAAUGUAAUGUUAGUGUUUUCUGGAUAUUUACACUAAGUUUUUCUUAAAAAUAAGACUUUUUGGAAGUGCAGUGGAAGCCUCUAACUAUAGAGAGGCCUUCAAAGGUUUCCUUUUUCCCGGUUUUAAAGGAUUUAACUCAACAUGUCCACUAGUUGCAUGGACCUUGCUUCUUGAGAAAAUGCUUAAACCCACUGUGAAGUAUGGUUGUUUUGUAUGUGUGCAGUCCUGGAGCCCUGGUUUAGAUGGGGGAGGGAAUCGUACCAAGAAGCUCAAGCUUGGCUGGGGUUUCACCACCCAUGUGCUAUUGCCCAUGCACUUCUAAAUUCAGUCAUUUAAUUGACCCCAUGCUAAUUGCUGUAAUACUAAUUACCCCAUCACUAUAAGAACCAUCUUUACUCUCUGCCACAUGUUUAUCUCCUUUAGAUUUGAUGGUUAGAAACCAUAUUUUCUGUAAAAUUUGAAAUUACAAUUAAUCAAAGUGUUAAUUGUAGAUUAAGUAUAUUUGAUAGUGACUAGAAAAAAGUUUUGGAAAUGUAAAUUAUGCCUGCAAAAAUGUUUUUUUUUUGUUUUGGGGGGGAAACUGCUGACUCCCGGAUGAGUGAACUGUUGUGUAUUUUCUCAUUAAGAAGACUAUCUCCAUUAAAAUGUCUAAAUCGAAAGCAAUA